CAGGAUGGUGUGUCGGAGGGCUCAGGGAUCACAGACGACUCUGAGAACUGGGACAUGACCCGGGGGAACCUGGGUCUGCUGGAGCAGGCCAUCGCCCUGAAGGAGGUGAAGGGGGGGCAGGAGGCGGGCUCUCCAGACUACCAGCCCUACAGCGGCUCCAGCCACAGCCCCGAGGCCUCGGCCCUCCCCCGUCGCACCCCCCACUACUGCAAAGACAAGAAGGAGGUGAAGUGUCCGACCCCGGGGUGUGAUGGGACAGGUCAUGUGACCGGGCUGUACCCUCACCACCGCAGCCUGUCUGGGUGUCCUCACAAGGACCGGAUCCCUCCAGAGACUACCCAAGUGAUGAAGGCUAAUGCUGGCAGUAAUGAUACAAACUAAAGUAGCCAACAUAACUAUUGUUUUACUUUUAUAAUCAGAGGUGGUGGAAGUAGACCUUGUACUAGAGUAAAAGUAGAAGUACCAGAGAGUAGGAAUACUCUGUUACAGUCA